CUGGAGACCGGAAGCAGUCCGCAGACGCACCGGGCGAGUCCCCAGCCGACGGUCGAGCGCCACACACAGUUCCGUGAAGUGGGCGGCCGGGCGCCGAGAGAUUUGGGAGAAGGGCUGAAGGCUGCCUGGAACUUCACAGCCACCUCUCCUGCGGGGACGACGCUUCGAGGACGCUGCGGCAUCCGGGGCGCGGCGGCCUCCCUUCUCCCGCCGCUGACACCCCGCAGGACAGCCGCGGGCCGCGGACAUUUCUUGCUGCCGGAGGCGGGCCAGCCAGUCCCCGGCGAGAUGGGCAGCUGUCAAAAAAGGCACAAACAACGGAAGAAUGGAUACCAUUGUAUAUGUUAAUAACAUGCCGGAAAGAAAAUAAGGAGGUCAGGAGUCUCAGUAUGAAUCAGUCUAGAUCCAGAUCAGGUGGUAGUGGUGAAGAAAUUUCAUAUCAAGACCAUAAUCACUGUGAAAAUGAGAGAAGAUGGCAGCAAGAGCGUCUCCACAGAGAAGAAGCCUAUUACCAAUUCAUUAAUGAACUUACUGAUGAAGACUAUCGUCUAAUGAGAGACCAUAAUCUUUUAGGCAUCCCUGGAGAAGUAACAUCAGAAGAACUUCAGCAGCGGUUAGAUGGAGUAAAGGAACAAAUAGCAUCUCAGCCUGACUCAAGAAAUGGGACAAGAAAUGGAGACUCGGAAGUCCUGAGAGAAAGUUCAGAUGAAGGCUCUUUGCUCGAAUGGUUGAACACUUUCCGGCGCACAGGAAACACAACUCGGAGUGGCCAAAAUGGGAACCAAACUUGGAGAGCUGUGAGUCGAACAAACCCCAGCAGUGGCGAGUUUCGCUUUAGUCUAGAAAUCCACGUAAACCAUGAGAACAGAGGAUUUGAAGCUCGUGGAGAAGAUAAUAGGGACAUUCCUAUGUCGGCUUUUGACAGAGACCGCAUUCGAAGCAGGCAACAAAGAUCAAGCAGCCCUGUGGCUAGACGAGCAAGAAGCCUCACCUCGGUGAAUUUCAGCAGUGGUAGAACCAGCCGGGGCUCAAGGGGCCAGAAUUCAAUGGCAGGAUCAUUUUCAACAUUCGAAAGGUCAAAUAGAAUCAGAGGAAGAGUUGGCAUUCGUAGAACUAGUGCUCCCCGCACCAAUUUUAGUAACCAUUCAGAUGGUAGUGACCUCAGGCAAAGGGAGGGGCAGCGCUUUGGAGCAGCACAUGUUUGGGAAAACGGAGCUAGAACCAAUGUUACAGUGAGGAACACAAACCAAAGAUUAGAACCAAUAAGAUUACGUUCUACUUUCAGUAGUCGAAGCCGUUCACCAGUUCAGAGACAGGGUGGUACUGCUGCUCAUGAUUACCAAAGGGAAGGCAGGCCUGGGCAGCAGAGUGUGCGACGAAGGUCUGUUAGGAGGAGAGGUGGAACUAGUGUCUUCGUAGAACAGGAUCGAGAACGCAGAGGUACUGCAAAUAGCUCAUUCUCUAAUUCAAGACUCGUGUCAAGAGUAACCGUAGAAGGAGAAGAAACUGGCAGAUCCCCAGCUGCUGUACGUCGCCACCCGACAAUCACACUAGACCUUCAAGUAAGGAGGAUUCGUCCUGGAGACAGUAGAGACCGGGACAGUAUUGCAAGUAGAACCCGAUCUCGAGUAGGGCUAGAAGAAAAUACAGUUGAAAGUUACAGCGGGGGCUUCCGCCGGACUGUUUCUCUUUUAGAGCGGUCAGGUAUUCGAACCUAUGUUAGCACCAUAACAGUUCCUCUUCGGAGAAUUUCCGAGAAUGAGCUUGUUGAGCCAUCCUCAGUGGCUCUUUGGUCAAUUUUAAGGCAGAUCAUGACUGGGUUUGGAGAACUGAGUUCUCUAAUGGAGGCAGAGUCUGAGUCAGAGAUUGAGAGAAAUGGUCAGCAUUUGCCAGAGGUGAGUUUAGAAUUGAGUGACUUAGGUACAGCUAACAGUAGCAGUCAGCAUAGUGAAGGUUCCUCACAAGACAGGGAGGCUCACGAAGACAGUUCAGAAACGCCAGGUGGAAAUGAGGCCACUCAGGCUCAGGCUGUGAACAGGGCCAGUAGAGGUAGCAGACAGUUGCAGAAUACAAGCAGUUUAGUUGACACUGGCACAUUACCUAUUCUGCGCCUUGCUCACUUCUUCUUACUAAACGAAGGUGAUGGUAAUGAUCCAAUUCAUGGGUUAACCAAAGAGCAGAUUGACAAUCUUUCCACGAGGAGCUAUGAGCAUAGUGGCGUUGAUAAUGAGUUCAGUAAAAUCUGCAGUGUUUGUAUCAGUGACUAUGUAGCUGGAAAUAAGCUCAGGCAAUUACCUUGUAUGCACGAAUUUCACAUUCACUGUAUUGAUCGGUGGCUCUCAGAGAAUUGCACUUGUCCAGUCUGUCGGCAGCCUGUUCUAGGAUUUGGGGUAGCAAACAAUGGAUGAAAUGACGGGCUUUGCUCAGAUACUAUAUUUUACUUACGCCGAAUAGUCAAGCACUUUUUUGUUGAGUUACAUGUGAUGUGCUAACCAGGAUGAAAAAACAAAAAGGUUAUAGUUUGAACUAUUUUUUGUGUGCUUUUUUUAACUUGUUAAAAAGAGGUCAUUUAUAUAAAAUUUAAAAUAAUAGACGUUAACUUAUCCAAAAGUAUAGAAUAGUUAAUAUUGCUAGAACCAAAUAACCUUUAAGAUGUUUUUAUUUUGGUAAUUUUGUCAUGCCAGGCACUUUUGUAUCUGCUCAACUCAGUACAUUAAAAGUUAAUAUUCUUUUUCUUAAUAAUAUAAUAGCUCUACUUAGAUACUCAAGUUUUAUAGGCUUAGUACUGGGUUCAGACAUUGGUACUAAACCUUCCUAAGGAUGUUUUGCUGGAUGUUUACUAAAUAUAUCUAAGUUACUUGAAAUGAUAAUUUAACAUGUGGCAUAUGUGUAUGUAUAUAUAGAAACAUAAUUUUAUGGUUAAAAUAUCCAGUCUAAAAACUACAAGUUUGAUUCUUAUUUAAGCCUUUGGGCUUAUGCUACAUAUGGUACAGUGUUUAAUAUUGACAAGAUCAUCUCUGAGAGAAAUGUGAAUUAAGGUAUAAUUUAAAAGAGAUAAUUUACUGAAGCGUCUCUGACAAUCUGACUUAUAAAGCAAGCAAUAUUUAAUAUGGAACAAAUAUUUCUUUAUUUGUACAUGCAACAUGGAAAAGGUAGACAGAUUAUUUGAUGUUCAUUCUUUUUGUGACUUUUUUGAAAUUUCAAACAAUUCUUUGGAUUAAGUAGAGUAUGCAUUAUGCACGAUUUCUCAAAUUUACUUUUAAAAUCUUUAAAAAUUAGUAUAAAAAAUGAAAUGCAUAGAAAAUGUUUGCUAAGUUGGAGGCCAGAAAACUCCAAAUAAGUCGAAAGAAAAACGCUUAAAAGAAUGUAGAAUUUAUAUAAGCACAAAGUAUGCACAGAAGAUCUAUUUCUACUAAUAAAUAUUAAAACUAA